AAUAAUAUCCGGUAUCCAACCCGGUUCUACGGCAACAUCGAAAGGCUAGUCUUGAGUUCCUGACGUAAGGUGCAUGUAAAACCGUGUCAGUGUACGGAAAGUUUUCUUUCGUUUUUUCUAAGAAGUACCUUAAGACUGGUUGUAACAAUGUCGCAGGAACAGCAAGAAAAUGAUCAAACUCAGGAGCAGCCUUCCGAAGAGCAACCUCCAAGGGGCAGUGGGAUGGAGGCAUUAAAAUCCCAUGUUAUGGAGCAUAAAGUUGACACAGCUCUUUGGGCAACACGCGCUCUUACUUUACUUUUCUGCAUAUCCUAUUUAAUUCCGAUAUUUGGGAAUCCAGUGAGUAGCUAUGAAAAAGUUCUUAUGAGUAAUGCUGCCACUUCAGCUUUAAGACUUCAUCAGAGAAUUCCUACUGUACAGUUCUCGCGAGUAUUUUUUUCCCAGCUUUUAAUGGAAGAUUCUGCUCACUACCUUUUAUACUCCAUUAUAUUCAUGUACACUGCUCCGAUAACGAUGGUUUUGGCUCCAAUAUUCUUGUUCGCCCUUCUCCAUUUUGCCAGCUAUUCACUUGGUCUUCUAGAUGUUAUGGGUAGAAACAACGCAACAGGUUCCAGGCUGCUAAUCUCAUUAGUGGAAUUCCAGCACAGGAACAUACUUAGGUGUGCAGCCUUCGUAGAGAUCUUCCUCAUGCCACUCUGUGUGGUCUUCUUACUUUUAGGCCGCGUGAGUUUGCUAACACCAUUUGUUUAUUACCGUUUCCUGACCUUACGGUAUGCUUCUCGACGAAACCCAUACACCCGAAACAUGUUUCAUGAACUACGAAUGGCAGUAGAGGUUUCAGUCAAUAAACCAGGGAUUCCAGAAUUUCUUCGGAAUUCUGUGAACCGUGCAAUUAUGUUCAUCUCAGGAUUAGCACCUCAAGUAGGAUCUCCGUAGUUUUUAUGGUGUUGAUUAGGAGACCUAUUAUAGUAAACUGUGCAUCAAAUGGUCUCGAGGGAUGGGAUUUUUUUUCUGUUUGGUUAAAAAGAAUACAGUAUUUUAUUUAGAUAUUGUAGGCGUUGUAUGUAUGUCUAUGAAAGAACACUGAACUUAUAGAAUUUGUUUUCCACUGAAGCACAGUUCACAGGAGGACCAAUGAUAUUUAUUGGUUAGUGCUAAGGAAUGACCGAUAUUAGGUAAUGAAAGAAAAAUUUAUAUUUAAACAUAGUUAAUAUAAAUCACCUUAAUUUCUACCGAGUUAAUAUAAAUCACCUUAAUUUCUACCGGGCAUAUUUUUUUUUCUAUGACCUAGAAGGACCUGUGUGUUUAAUGUUUUCCAUGGACAUGACAUGUUAUUAUGAUUCACUUUGGCAUAAAUUAAGGGUUUGGAACGCUUCUGUGAACUUCAGGAAGAGCACUACCUUCAAAAUGGCAGUUUUUGUUGAAGUUGUAGGAAUUCUAAGACCAUUUUGUAAUCAUUAAACCUUUUCUUUUUAUUUUUAUCAAGACAUGACUAGAAUUAUUUUUAUACUCUAAAAGUAUGUUGCUAGAGCAUAAACUUUUGAACAGAUUUACAUGUCAAAUUGUUCCAGAUAAACUAGUGUCAUUCCUGACAAGGUUUUAAA